CAACAGAGGUUAUUUUCUGACUUAAUCUUGUUAACUAACGCGUGGGUUGUAUUUUUAAUUGUUCACACAUCAGAAGCAAAGUAUUCAGUUAUUUUUGUAUCAUUUGCGUCUGGUAAACUCAAUAAUUCAAGCUCCAAAUUAACGAAAUAUUGUGGACGUUCUUAAUUUAGCAGAAGGGAAAUUGUUGUCAGUUGGGACUAACCGAACUAAAAGUAUAAUUAAAAGUCCCUGUGUGGAAGUUAUGCCACUCUUUAUCGACGAGAACAUGCUGGAGGAGGCAAUUAUGGAGCAGGCUUCUGGAGAUGAGGAAAAGCGCAUAAGGAAUCAGGAGGGAAUCCAGUUUAAUGAAGUCGUUCAGCUAAGUCUGAUAUUCAAAGCAAUCGGGAGGGUUGAUCACUUGUGGGGGUUCACAUCGCUGGAGAAGCUUGAAUUGAGCAACAACCUCAUAAAGAAGAUUGCAGGCCUUGACCAUCUUUUAAAUCUGACAUGGCUCAAUCUGUCAUUCAACAGCAUAGAAAAAAUUGAGGGGUUGGAGUCUCUGCGUAAGCUUGAGUUGUUGAGUCUGUCCAACAACAGGAUCUCUGUCAUUGAAAACAUGGACACCCUUGAGAAGCUUGAUCAAUUCUGCAUUGGGAACAAUGCCAUUGGACAGUUGGAUGAUGUGCUGUACCUCAGGAAGUUCAAGAACCUGUUCUCUCUCAACCUAUCUGGAAACCCUGCCUCUAAGGAAGAGCACUACAAACUUUUUAUUGCAGCCUACUUGCCAAAAGUGAUGUACCUGGACAGCAAACUACUUGACAAAGAAACAAAAAAGAAAGCAUACAUGAAGUACCAAAUUGCCCUGGAGAAAAUGGGAUUUGAGGAGCUGCAGAAAGCAAAAAGUAAAGAAGCUGUACAAAACCAGGAAGCCAUCCACACACAGAAUGACUUUGUGAACUUUGAGAAGUUCCUGAAUGGGUGUUGUCCCUCUGAGAGCAUGCUCAAAGACGAUCCAGAGGAAGAGACACUACGAAGUGUACCUGAAAUGGCUGAAGUGAUGGAAAAAUUUGAGAGCCAAAUGCAGGAGCUGUGUACACAGAUAAUUACAUACAGCUCGGCUGAACAUCAUCGAAGAGAGGCCGAGAUAAAUUCUUUUAUCAGUGUUCAGUCUGCAGCUAUGAAAGACUACAAGAAGAAAGUAUCUGAAAUGUUACAGCAGAACCUUCAGAGGAUGAUGGUGCUGCUGCAGGAAUCAGAUCCAGACCUACCAAAGAAAGAGAUCAUCUCACAGCCCUGCAACAGCCUCAUUGAGAAGGAAAUUCAUGUCAGCGAAACAGAGAUAAUGGUGAAGCUGCUGCAAAUAUCAGACCCAGACCUCAAGAAGGAAAAGAUCAGCCUCUGCACUGAUGAAAUCAGCCAGCUCCUUCCGAGCCUCAUGAAAAUGGAGUGUCUGCACAUCAGCCAAAUAGAGAGUACUAUCAAACUGUUGGAGCACUACCUCUCUGACAUGGUUGGCAACUUCAGUGAGACAGUUCAGGGGAUAUUCAUUCAGUGUCGAGAUGUAGAUGAUGAGUAUUAUGAUAAGAUGCGGAAGGUUGCCGUUGCAACUCUGGAGACGGUGGCACACGAGGAGACGCACACGCAAGAUGAUUUUAUUAUGCUGUUCAAAGACAGAUAUGCAGUGAUGGAUGCACUGGAAACUGGCCACAUGAACCACCUGCUGAAGAUAGAUGACAGAGAGACUAAACUGCUUACACAUGUUAAUGCAUGGAAAGUGGCCCUCAUCAAAGGGAUUCAAGACAAAGAACUUAUUGGCAACCGAACCCGCAUCACAGACUGCCACAGAUAUGUGGUCCACUUGAGGGAGCAGCUGGAGGAAUGGCAGAAGUAUCCUCACUUUGACAGAUAUUAUUUGUAAAAUGGAAGAGGACAUUUUCCCAACACUUUAUGAAAUAAUGAGUAUAAAGAAAUAGAUUGUUGGUCUAUUUCUUGCUGAUA